AUUCGUCAACGAAGCAACCAAAAAACUAAAAACCAAAAACCACUAAGGAUUAUUCGCCAGGGGAUUAUACCACCAACCAUGUUCGUCCAACAAGUGCUAGUGAGCUGCCUGAUCCUGGUGGCGUCGACCCAGGCCCGUCCCCAGUACGGCUACGAGCAGCCCAGCUCGGACAUCUUCAUCGGAGGCGGCUCCUCGCCGGGCGGCCUCAUCGGCGGCUCCACCGGUGGCCUGGUCAGCAUCCAGCCGCAUCGCGGCGGUGACAAGUACCUGCCCCCGGCCAGCACCACCCAGGCGCCCAUCAUCAAUAAGAAAUUCUAUCUGGUUUCCGCACCCGAGGAUCACAGCAACGAUGGCAAGGUGAAGCAUCUGGUGCUGGGACGUCCGCAGAAGAACUACCGGGUGGUGUUCAUCAAGGCCCCGGCCGGCGAUAAUGCCAAUGUGAAGUACUCGGCCGAGUUUGCGCCGCAGGAGGAGAAGACCGUCAUCUAUGUGCUGAGCAAGAAGGAUAACGAUGUGGAUGCCAGUGACAUUGCCACGCCGGCGCCCACGCAGCCCAGCAAGCCGGAGGUGUUCUUCAUCAAGUACAAGACCGAUGACGAGGCCAAGCAGGCGCAGCAGGAGAUCCAGGGUCAGUACGACAAGCUGGGCGGCACCAACGAGUACCAGGAGGACAACAAUGCCCCCAUCACCUCGGUGAUCGGAAGCCUGGAUGGCCUGAAUGCCGAUGGCAGCUACAACUACCGCCAGAUCGCCAACCGCCCGCCGGCAGUGGCGCCCAGUGCCCAGUAUCUGCCCAGUUUGCUGAAGCACUAGAGGAUUAGCACUAGCUGCAUCCCUAUAUCACCCCAAAAUCAGAAACAAAAACCCCCUCCCCUCAUUCUCGAACCCUGUUGUGUUGCAUAUUUUUAAGAAGUCACUCUAUAUUUUUUUGUAUUUUUUUUUUG